UCCUCCGUCAGGCAAAAGUAAACAGUCAUUGUCAGUGUUGUGUGCCGGGUCGUCUCUCCCUCGGUUAAUUCGCAUUUACCAUGGCUCUCCAGGCUCUCCACGGCGUCGAUUACCACAGCAAGAAAUCAAAUGGCUUAGAGGAGGAUGAAAAUGUGUGUCUGGGCAACAUGAGUAACCAGUGUCAGCUAUAUAUGCCACCGCUUUCCAAGGCCGAAUCCCAGGUUGGAGAGUUCCUGGUGGAUGAAUGCGGUCGCAAAAUUAAGCUCAAUUUUGCCCACGGAACCACAACCCUUGGCUUUAAAUUUAAUGGAGGUGUUGUGAUGGCUGUGGAUUCACGAGCAACAUCAGGACAGUACAUUGGCUCCAACAAUGUCAAGAAGGUUAUUGAGAUCAAUCCCUACUUGUUGGGAACCAUGGCAGGUGGAGCUGCUGACUGUACUUACUGGGAGCGUGUCCUUGCCAAACAGUGCCGUCUCUAUGAACUGAGGAAUCGUGAGCGCAUCUCUGUCGCUGCAGCCUCUAAGCUUCUGGCCAACAUGGUUUACCAGUACAAAGGCUACGGUCUCUCAAUGGGAGUCAUGAUUGCAGGAUGGGACAAGAAGGGUCCUGGCCUCUACUAUGUAGACAAUGAUGGAAAUCGCAUGCCAGGUAACAGCUUCAGUGUAGGCUCUGGCUCCAUUUAUGCUUAUGGUGUGCUGGAUUCAGGGUACCGCUGGGACCUCUCAGAUACAGAAGCACAGGAGCUUGGCAGAAGAGCCAUCUAUCACGCAACUUUCCGUGAUGCUUAUUCAGGCGGUGUUGUACGAGUAUAUCAUAUCAAGAAGGAUGGUUGGGUAAAGAUCAGUGAGCAAGACUGCAAGGCCUUGCACUACAAAUAUGCUGAGGAGACCAAAACAGCAUAAAGAUGAUGUAAAUGUAGCUUAAAACAUUUUUUUUUCAGUGGAAUAAUUUUAGCACAGGCAAUUUAUUUUAAAAAUGUGUGCUGACCUUCAGAAUCAUCAUAUUUAUGGAGUAACAAGUUUAUACAAGUGACUUCAAGUUUGUCAGAUGAGGCCCAAUGUUAUAUUCCAUGAUUUCUUUUUUUCAAUAAAUCUUAAAAGUA